GAUUUGAUUAUUGAAGUCGUCAUUGCAUCUUUUGCGCUUUUUUUAUUUUAUUUUCUUUUCCGUCUAUUUUCUUUGCUUUUCUUGAGCUCCGCGUCGUUUCAUUUGAGAAAGCAGCAUCAAACGGCACUCAGAGGGCAAACGGUCCAAAUAUAAGAAUCACCGUAACCGAUUGACGAACCAGGUGGUGCAGAAGAACACUCAGACAGAAAUCGUGCGUUACUCUGUGUUUUCUGUUGCUGCUGUUUGCUGUUCCGUCGAUCUUUAUUCAUUAUUAUUACUUUUUAUUUUUGCUGAAAGAUCCAUCAAUCAAGAACACCAAAAAGAAUGUUUCUCUGCUGGGUUCUCGUUGCCGACGCGCUCUAUCGCGCGUACACGGUGUUCCAGUGGAUCUGGGCGUGCGUCACGCAGACUGUGGAUCGCUACACCGCACCCGUCAUUGACGUCCCACUGCCGGAGGUGAACUUCCCAGCGGCUCCCGCCGCCGAGACGCUCAACCCCCGCUCCGCCGGCGAGGGCAAGAUCCAGUGCUACGACAAGGGCACCAACACGCCGAUCGGCGUUGUGAAGGCCUACUCCCCCGACGAGGUCCGCGCGGCGGUGGAGAAGGCGCGCACGGCCCAGCAGAUCUGGGCACUCACUCCCUUCUCCACACGCCGCAAGCUGCUCUUUGCCCUGAUGGACUACAUCCUGGCGCACCAGGAGUUCAUCUGCAAGACGGCCUGCGUGGAGUGCGGCAAGACCAUGAUGGACGGCACGUUGGGCGAGAUGCUGACGACCUUCGAGAAGUUGCGCUGGACGGCGACGCGCGGGGAGGAGGUGCUGCAGGAGGAGGUGCGUGAUGUCGGACUCAUGACGAUCCACAAGCGUGCCAGCGUGCGCUACGUCCCUUUUGGUGUGAUCGGCGCCAUCGUCUCGUGGAACUACCCCUUCCACAACAUCUACGGCCCCAUGAUCUCCGCCCUCUUCGCCGGUAACGCGUUUAUCGGCAAGGUGUCCGAGUACUCCUCCUUCUACGCGUCCUACUACGAAUCCAUCGUGAAGGACGGCCUGCGCCAGCUCGGCUACUCGCCCGACCUCGUGUCCUUCCUGACGGGCUUCGCUGAGACCGGGGAGGCGGUGGUGUCCUCGGUGGACAAGCUCACCUUCAUUGGGUCGCCGGGCGUGGGCAAGAUCAUUAUGCGCAACGCCUCCGCCACGCUGACGCCGGUGGUGCUGGAGCUGGGCGGCAAGGACCCGGCGGUGAUCUGCGACGAUGCGGACAUGAAGCAGGUGAUCCCGGUGGUGAUGCGCGGCAACUUUCAGAACUGCGGUCAAAACUGUGUUGGGCUUGAGCGUAUCGUCGUGCACGAGAAGGUCCAUGACCAGCUGGUGGAGGAGGUGACUCGGCAGGUGCGCGGUCUCACGCAGGGGGCGGCGUCGCAAGGUCAGUACGACCUUGGCGCCAUGACGAUGGGGAAGGCGGCCAUCCCGAAGAUUCAGGAGUUGGUCGAGGCGACGGUGAAGGCCGGCGCCACGCUUGUGUGCGGCGGCAAGAUGAACGGCGACAUGUUCUACCCGCCGACCGUCCUCACCAACGUAACACCUGACAUGCCGAUCGCCCAGGAGGAGGUCUUCGGUCCGGUGAUGGUCAUCAUGAAGUUCAAGACGGACGAGGAGGCGGUGAAGAUGGUGAAUGCCUGCGCGUACGGCCUCGGCUCCAGCGUCUUCAGCCUCAACAUCCCGCGCGCGCAGGCCAUUGCCGAUCGCAUCCGCACCGGCAUGGUGAACAUCAACGACUUUGGCAUCAACUACCUUUGUCAGUCCUUGCCGUUUGGUGGGGUGAAGAUCAGCGGCUUCGACCGCUUCGCCGGACGGGAGGGGCUGCGCGGCAACUGCAUCGUGCGUGCGUCGACGACGGAUCGCAUCCCCGGAGUGAAGACGGAGAUCCCUGCUAUUCUGCAGUACCCGAUCCGCCCCGCCGCCUUCAAUUUCAUGGAGAACCUUGCCAAGGUCAUCUACGGCCGCCUGCCCUCCAUGGUAACGUCCGCCAUGAAGCUCGCCACCAUCAAGCCGGAGAGCGAUCACAAGAAGAAUGCGUAA